UCGCGGGCGCGCCACAUUUAUGACACCACCACCCCUCACACCCUACCUUACCUACCAACGAGCCCACCCCCUCCCUCACUCCUCUCCCCUCGCCACCGCAACGUCUCUCUCGUGCUCCAUAGCCUCCCCUGCUUCACUUCGUGUACAGACUGCAGACCGGCCGGCGCCAUGCCGCUGCGGCUAGGCGGUAACCGCGCGGCCGCCCUGCUGCUCGUCCUGCACUGCUGCUGCGCUCCGCUCCUCUUCCCGUCGCCGGCAGCCGCCGCCGCCCACCGCCACCAUCCCGCCGGGGACGGCGUCGUGAUCAGCGAGGCGGACCGGCAGGGCCUGCAGGCCAUCAAGCAGGACCUCUCCGACCCCCGCGGCUUCCUCCGCUCCUGGAACGACACCGGCCUCGGCGGCGCCUGCUCGGGGGCCUGGACGGGGAUCAAGUGCGUCAACGGCAACGUGGUCGCCAUCACGCUCCCCUGGCGCGGCCUCGCCGGCACCCUCUCCGCGCGGGGGCUCGGCCAGCUCACCCAGCUCCGCCGCCUCAGCCUCCACGACAACGCCAUCGCCGGGGCGGUCCCGAGCUCGCUCGGCUUCCUCCCCGACCUCCGCGGCCUCUACCUCUUCAACAACCGCUUCUCCGGCGCCAUCCCGCCGGAGAUCGGCCGCUGCCUCGCGCUGCAGUCGUUCGAUGCGAGCAGUAACCUCCUCACCGGCGUCCUCCCGGCUUCGAUUGCCAACUCCACCAAGCUCAUCCGCCUCAACCUCAGCCGCAACGCCAUCUCCGGCGAGGUCCCCGCGGAGGUCGUCGGCUCCUCGUCGCUCCUCUUCCUCGACCUCUCAUACAACAAGCUCUCCGGCCACAUCCCUGACUCUUUCGGGGGCGGCUCCAAGGCGCCGUCCUCGUCCUCGCGGAAAGAAGCCGUCACUGGGAGCUACCAGCUCGUCUUCAUCAGCCUCGCGCACAACUCGCUCGACGGGCCGGUGCCGGAGUCGCUCGCCGGGCUCAGCAAGCUGCAGGAGCUGGACCUGGCCGGCAACAACCUCGACGGCUCCAUCCCCGCCCAGUUGGGCUCGCUUCACGACCUCACGACGCUCGACCUCUCGGGCAACGAGCUCGCCGGGGAGAUCCCGGAGAGCCUCGCAAACCUCACCGCUAAGCUCCAGUCCUUCAACGUCUCGUACAACAACCUCUCCGGUGCGGUGCCGGCCUCGCUCGCCCAGAAGUUUGGGCCCGCCUCCUUCACCGGUAACAUACUGCUCUGCGGCUACUCUGCUUCUUCGCCGCCCUGUCCCGUGUCUCCGUCUCCGGCGCCGGGGGCAACCUCGCAAGGGGCAACCGGGCGCCACGGCCUCCGCAAGUUCAGCACCAAGGAGCUCGCAUUGAUCAUCGCCGGGAUCGUGAUUGGUGUCCUCAUCUUGCUGUCGCUCUGCUGCCUCCUGCUCUGUUUACUGACAAGGAAGAAGAAGUCCAGCACUAGCACUGGAGCACGGAGCGGGAAGCAGUCGUCAAGCAAGGACGCCGCCGGUGCCGGCGCCGCUGCAGCUGCUGGGCGAGGCGAGAAGCCGGGGGCAUCCGAAGCGGAGUCCGGCGGCGACGUAGGUGGCAAACUGGUGCACUUCGACGGGCCGCUGGCGUUCACGGCCGACGACCUGCUGUGCGCCACCGCAGAGAUCAUGGGGAAGAGCACGUACGGCACGGUGUACAAGGCGACGCUGGAGGACGGCAGCCUGGUGGCCGUGAAGCGGCUGCGGGAGAAGAUAACCAAGGGGCAGAAGGAGUUCGAGGCCGAGGCGGCGGCGCUCGGCAAGGUCCGGCAUCCCAACCUGCUCUCGCUCAGAGCCUACUACCUCGGCCCCAAGGGGGAGAAGCUGCUCGUCUUCGAUUACAUUCCCAGGGGCAGCCUCUCCGCCUUCUUGCACGCUCGAGCUCCCAACACGCCGGUGGACUGGGCGACGCGGAUGGCGAUCGCCAAGGGCACGGCCCGCGGGCUCGCGUACCUCCACGACGACAUGAGCAUCACCCACGGCAACCUCACCGGCAGCAACGUCCUCCUCGACGACGACUCGAGCCCCAAGAUCGCCGACAUCGGCCUGUCUCGCCUCAUGACGGCCGCCGCCAACUCAAGCGUGCUCGCCGCGGCGGGUGCGCUGGGGUACCGCGCGCCGGAGCUGUCCAAGCUCAAGAAGGCGAGCGGCAAGACCGACGUGUACAGCCUCGGCGUCAUCAUCCUGGAGCUGCUCACCGGCAAGUCCCCCGCCGACACGACCAACGGCAUGGACCUGCCGCAGUGGGUGGGGUCGAUCGUGAAGGAGGAGUGGACCAACGAGGUGUUCGACCUGGAGCUGAUGCGGGACACGGCCGCCGGCCCGGAGGGGGACGAGCUCAUGGACACGCUCAAGCUGGCGCUGCAGUGCGUCGAGGUCUCGCCGUCGGCCAGGCCGGAGGCGCGGGAGGUGCUGCGGCAGCUCGAGGAGAUUCGGCCUGGACCGGAGGGCGGCGCCGCCGGACCGAGCGAGGAAGGCCAUGUUGCUUCUGCAAGCAACGAGUAGAGCAGUGGCCGACUUGGAUGGAUUAGAGAGGAAAGAAGAUUGUUACAUUGAGGUUUAGUUGUUUUGAUAAUUUUUUGAUUCAUUUAUAAGUUGAAGGGAUCACCCUUCUUUUUCAUUUUCUAUAUAGUUUGUAUAGGCAAAUAUUAUUUGCGCCACUAGAAUCUCUGUCAGGAAUUCCAAACCCAUAUAAACAUUAUUGAUUUGUCA